AUGGGAGAUAGAUUAACGGAAGAGCAAUUACUAAAACGAUCCAUCCUAGUUCGGAAUAUUCCUCCAACAAUAGAAGAAAAACAUCUCAUCGCCGGGUUUUCGCAAAUUGGUCGCAUAGUUCAAAUCAAAUGGCCACAAAACGGCGAUUCUAACGACAGAACUGCUGGCCGUUCCCAAUGCACCAUCACAUUUGAUAAACCCAUGCAUGCCAUACAAGCUGUGAUGUGUCUUAAUAACCACUUGAUUCAUGGCUCGCAGCUGAGUGUUUCCCUCAUUCCUUUUCAGUCAAAACAUACUUCUACCUCGAAAACGUCAGAAAAGCCUGCCGUGCUAAUGAUCGAAAAUGUAGCGGAAGAGGCUACACCAGAGCAAAUUCAGUCCCUGUUUUCGCCAUUUGGGACAAUCGUUUCCUGCCGACUCUACAAACAAGGAAUCGUUCAGUUAUCAUUCAAAUCACACAGUUCUGCCGAGCGUGCUCUGAAUGCAAUGAACGCUUUUUCAUUAAAGGGAAAGAAACUCCUCGUCUCGUUUGAGGAGCAGUUUCGAUCCAAAACCGUGAAGAGGGAACCGAUCCAACAAGCGUCUACCACUCCGAUUGGCUUUGUGGAGUAUGGCCGAAACCGCGCGGAGAAGCAGAACGACACGAGCUGUAUUGUGUUGGUGACUGGAUUCUCGGAGGGAGAUGAUUUACGAGAUCAAGCCAAUGUGGCGAAGAUAAAGCAGAUCGUGUCCGAACAGGGAAAAAUCAAGGAUAUGAAAUACACAGAGGUGAAGAACGAAAAGAGGCUAUUUCUACGCUAUGCGAAUUCCUACGCGGCGUCGAUCGCGGCAAAGGGGCUGAGUGGUUUGAUGUUUUAUGGAUCAAGACUGUCGGCGCGGCAGUAUGAUUACCAGCAAAAACACGUUGAUCCCUCCUAA